CCGCGCCGAAAGUAACGGCUGGGGAGGGACGCGGGGCGGGGUUAGAGGGGGAAGUCCCGCCUUAGCCUCUCGGGUUGUGGGCGGUGUAGCCUCUCUGCUAGAGAGACAGGAUCCCAGGGCAGUGAGGCCCGCUCGGUGAGGCUGAGCUUCACACCCUGCCGGCCGAGUUUCCUGCUUAAGUGGCACGCGGUUCUGGAAGUGUACUCUCAAGGUGUAGUUGCAGUGUCUUUCAGGCUCCAGUUUGUUCCUCCAGCUCAUGCAGAUGCUUAAGGUCCAGCUGAUUUCUCUUCAUCUCUGCAAAGUUCCUGCACCAUGGCAGACCAACAGUUCCCUCAAUGGAUGGUUAAAGAUCACUGCCGGAAAAUGCAUAAACCUCCAAUGAACAUUGAAGAAUUCUUAAAGUUUCAAAAUUGGGAUUAUUGGCCAAGGGAAAUCCAUUUUGGAGACAGUGAUAAAUGGUUACACACUGUAAAGAAAAUAAAAGAAGAUAGUUCAUUUACGUCAAUUUAUACACAUCUGUGGAGAACUGUCCCUCGAAUACAUGAUGCACUCAUUACCAUGGAGUCAAGAUUAAGGGAAUGUUCAAUUCUUUUGAAAAACCAUGCCUCUAAAAUAUUUGAGUGGAACAGCAUAAUUUAUGAGACAAGUUCUAAAAGAAAAUUGGAAAGAUACAAGGCAUUUCUAAGGAAGCACCAUAAGAGAAAGAAGAUAAUGCUUUCAGAUGAAAUGGAGACGAAGAAGACUGUAGAGGGUUGCAGCUUCUCAGGAUUCAAAACAAAUGAGCUUACUCAACUACCCAGACAUUUGGAUGCUGAACAAAUUUAUCUUUUUAUUUUAAAAACCCAGAAGUUUGAUGAAAAAGUUUUUAAAAUCUGGAAGACCCAUUUUCUCUCAGAAGCUUCUAUUGCUCUUUUACAUGAUUCAUUUUGGUGGUGGUUUCUGCAUAAAUUUAAGCCUGACAGAGAAAAUCAAGAUUCCUUGUUUGAUAGAAUUUCAGAAAGUUAUGCGGUGCUUUUCAUGAGCAUCCCUGCAAGUCGAAAGGAUACAUUCCUUCAGGUAAACAUAGAAAUUAACUGGUUAUGUAUAAUAACAGGUUUAAAACCUCCAAAAGGCUUUUGGACCCACUGGAAACUGAAAGAACUCUCCACAACAACCAUACAUGGUACUAAGAAAGCACCUUUAAAAUCUUUAAAGGACAGAAUUGAAAGGAGUCAAGAACGCAUAACGGCUGCGAUAGACUUCAAUAUGAUGAAAAUUUUAAAGAACCCAAGAGCAUACACAAUGCCCACAUUCAAGGAAGAAUCAAGUGUAUCAAGACUAACAACAAAGUCCCAUUAUAGUAGCACUGGUCCAGAGUUUAACCGUGUACUGUUCAAUUUUGGAGGUCAGAGUCCACUGAUUUUAUAUUAUCUGAAGAUGCAUGAGUUAGCUGGUAUUUCCAAGGCCCCUAAACAAACCAAGAUUAAAUUCACUGAAAUAUUGCAAGAACCACCACCUGCUCCAACUUACCGUGAUAUCAUAAAAGAAGCAAAAAGACAGUUUGCAAAGAAUCAAAAGGAUUUUAGGAUAGAGAAGCACAGAAUUAAUGAAGAAAUAAAACUCCUAAGACAGCGGCAGGAAAGAAUUGACAAGGAGCUUGAUAGACUCCAGGCAAAGGCUACCAAGAAACCCUACGAAGCUAAGAAUGACUUUGACAAGUUCCUACAUAAACUGCGUUCUGAAGCUCGAACUGAGAGAGAGUUUCUGGCAUCACUCUCAUCAUCAACAUCAUCAACAGAAGACUACAACUGUGAAGAAGAAGAGUGUCAAGAAACCAGAAAUGGACUGUAUUUAAGAAUAUAUCAUACAAUUCAAUUGUAUCCCUUUAAUUGUAGCAGCAUGUUUAACUCAAGUCUAAUCCAUGAGGUCAGUAUAAAUGUCUUUUACCAAUUCAUCUUUAAAAAAUCUUGAAAUCAAUAAAUGUCAGUAAAUCAUCCUUAAAAGAUCUGCCCAAGCAUAA